UCCAAUUCGACUGAUUCGAGUACAAUAUUCCCUUACCAGUUUCCAUGGUCCGCUUCCUCUUUUCCGCUCUUGCGGCCCUUGCGACAGCCGUCGCUGCCCAAAAGACGGCGCUCAUCAUCGUUGAUAUGCAAAACGACUUUGCGUCGCCGACGGGCAGCCUGUACGUCUCGGGUGGCGACGCCAUCAUCCCGACCAUCAACAAGCUCCGCGCCAAGGGCCAGUGGGACCUUGUCGUGACGACGCAGGACUGGCACCCGAAGGGCCACGUCUCGUUCUACUCGACGUUCGCCAAGGACCCCAAGGCCAAGAUGUUCCAGCCGUACACGCUCACCAACGGCGAGAAGCAGGUGCUUUGGCCCGACCACUGUGUGCAGGGCUCGACGGGGGCCGACUUUCACAAGGAUCUUGUCCGCGCGCCGACCGACGUCAACAUCCUCAAGGGUAUGAACGUUUCGCUCGACUCGUACUCGGCGCUUCUUGAAAACGAUCAUCGGACCAAGACCAAGUUGUCAAGCAUCCUUGACGCGGCCGGCAUCACCAACUUGGCGGUGACGGGCCUUGCGUUCGAUUUUUGCGUCGGCUCGACGGCAUAUGACGCCAACACGAUGUUUGGUUACGAAGUGACGGUCAUCACGGACGCGACGGCGUCGGUGGCGCCGGCGUCGGAAACCACGAUGCGCGCCCAGCUCAAGGGCGCCGGUAUUCGCUUCAAGACCGCUGACCAGUUUCUCAAGAUCAAGCGCCAGUGGUAAUGCUUACACUAAUUGCCAAGGUGCUAUUAUGGCAGUCUUCUCAUGUUGUACUCUAC